AUGGGCACGACUGCUGCUUCCCACCCACCCACCAAGCGGCAGCUGAGGUACCAGCCCCUUCUGGCCCGCGAAUUGGUGUUCAACUGGAGUGCAUGGAUAUCGACAAAGUACAAGACUCCAACAGGUGCUUGGCACGACAUCUUUGAGAAUGUAACUUCGACUUUCGAGGACGAAGUUGGAGUUUAUUUGCGACCUUGGACCCGGGCCUGGUCAAGGUGGGAUGAUGGAGCGCUGGGGUCAUCCAGCGAGGAUGCUUUCACAUACAUAGAUCGUCUGGAAAAGCAGGACCAGUUGAUCUCCGAGUCGGAAUUCUCCACUGCUUUUGGAUUUGCUGCGACAGAGUUGGCCAUGUUUCCGUACUGUGUAUGGUUGCACAAACAUUUCGCCAACAGCAGCCAAGCUUGGGACGUCGUGGCACAGGGUCGGGAUUUGAACAAGACCAGGUGGGGACUUGUGUGGUUCCCGUACAAGCCGUCCUUCAAUUUUACGAAGCCUUCGGCCAAUGAGUCUUUUCUGUUCUUGGAUGCGGAUGACAACGGCAUUCUCAGCAGGAGGGAGUUCGAGUCCGUUUUUAAGUACUGUAACAGCACCGCACCGCCUAGACAAAACAGCAGCCGCUGCCCAUGA